CAAAAACCAAAGAAAAUAAAGCAAAGAGCAAAAACAGUGUACAAACUGAUACAGUAGCAAUGCAAGAACACCAAUGGGCGGCCAAUGGAGGCAGAAGCUUAGUCUGCGCAUCCCUGGCUGGCGUGGCAGUGAGUGCACCCCUGCUUGGCAUUUGUACGUUCAGUUUCAUUGCAGCAUUGACCCUGCUGCUCGUAAGCACACCCCUCCUGUUGAUAUUCGAGGGUUAAGAGGCUCUGUAGGGGCCGGUGGUAGUGUGGGAGAGAGGUUAGUUGAGCUUAGUGAGAGAAUGAAGGAGCAAGGGAAGGAAUGGGCGGCAUAUCUGCAGCCAAAGGUGCUGGAGAAUUCCUCUGAUUCAUUAAUCCAUAAAGAGGUUGAGAAGUUGAUCUGCUGCUUUGAUGGUCUCCGCUUGUUAAUCUACGCACAUGGCCUGUGCUGUUUCCUUUGUCACUCGGCAGCAGCGGCAGCAGCGGUAGCAGCGGCAGCAGCGGUAGCAGCGGCAGCAGCGGUAGCAGCGGCAGCAGCGGUAGCAGCGGCAGCAGCGGUAGCAGGAGCAGCUUAAGAAGAAAGCAGAAGGGAAUCAAUUGUAAAACGGAAGCACACUCAGGGAAUAAAGCAAUUACAGAAGCUAGCUUUAUUCCUACAACAGAGUUGAAGAGGCUAUCAAAACGUUUACUGGGAGACAGUUUGGGUCCUAAUCCUCUUGCAUUUGUUUAUCUGCUUGCUUAAAGUGGGGUCAAUUCUUCAAGGUGCAGUCCCCUCCUCGCUCCUUUUUGUUUUGCAUGUUUUUAUGUGACUAAGUUCGAAAGCGAGGAGGGGAUCUUGUUGUAUUUGGGUUGAUUUUAUAUGGAUUUGGAAGGAAAUUGUUAUUAAAAAUUAAUUGAAAAG